GAAGACGAUGUUGUCAGCGAGCAAAUUCCGCCCCCCGCAGAAUCUCCUUCCAAACGGAAAAUACAGCCAAACGACGAUGGAAGCUGCUCGAAUGAAACUGCUGAAGAUGAUCUGGCCCCUGCCGAAGGAUACAGACUUGUUUCAGUGGACAGUCUUCUUAAAUUUGUGAAGAGAAUUUACGCACAACCUCCAUGUCAUUUAGGUAAGAGUUAUGUGAGUUAAAUUAUAAGAUCUAUGAACUAAGAUAUAAAAGCUGUUUUUUUGGAUCAAUGCUGGGCCAAAAUUACUACAGCUAUAUCCCUUUAUUAAUAAAAGCGUUGAUUGUCUUUAUUCAUCUACUAGGCCAAAUACAAAUGUUGGAGAGUUCCAGUAACCGGUUUGGGCUCGGUAGCUCACUUUAUGCCAAGUGCAGUGGUUGCGGUAUGUCCGAGUUUCUUGCAACUGGUAACCACCCUCAAGAUGAUGUUAAUCCAAGAACUCUUCAAGGAAAAGAUGUGAACAGAAGAAUGGUGUUCGCUGCAUUUUAG